CUCUAACCCCUUCAAGUACAUAUUCUAAUUUCAAUUUUUUUGUUCAACUACCUAAUUUUCUCCAUACCAUGAUAUAUGGCUGUUAGCCAAUUUUAGUCUAUGAUGAUAUUAAGCAUUUAAACAAAAUAUAGUAUGAUAUGGAUGUGAUAGUGUCGCCUACCUUUCAAGCUCAACGUGCACGCCUCUUAAUCCUUCUUUUUUGUGGUGAUCAUCCACUAACUCACAUGAUCUUCCCCUCCAGCUCCUGUAACUCUGGAGGCAUACUUUAAAUCUAGACUGAGGUCACAAAUUAGUUUGAGCUAGAGAAGGGAACUGGAUUUUGCAGUGGAAAUGGAUGGUUCUAAGAGUACAGUUUCCGAGGCAGAAGCUGAAACCAUAACCGGUAGUGAUGAAGGGAAAAAAGAUGCUGCAGAGAGCAGCUCAGUGGAAGGGAAGAUGGGAGAGGGGUUGGGUCAAAUUCUUGAAGCUGGGACUCACCUGGACUCGGUUGUGAAGCCUUACGUAGAAGAAUUCACUGAAGCUGCAAAAUCCCUGCUGGAGAAUGUAACUGAAGUGGGAAAAGAAGUUGAGAAGUUGGUUCUUGUGUCUGAUCCAUGGGCUCCUCUGAAGAAAAUGGGAACUGAGGAGACAUUGCCAACUUCAGAAAACGUUGGGGAAUCGUCUGAGGAUGUUAAGUCUGUGUCCAGGGAAGCUGCUGCAGACUCCAAAGAAGCAGAGAUGCAUUCUCGGCCAUUUGUUGAUGUGACAACAGCAACACAGGCUUCGUGGAUGAACUGUUGCGGUUUGCUUGAUGUUCUGCGACCUUCUGAUCAGUGAUUCUGAGGGCAGAAAAUAUAUGCUCACUCUUUCUGGGUGUGUUCCUGGCAGAACAUAGCAAUGCUGAAUGCUCAAACGUGCAGCACAGAACUCAACUUCAGAAGAAUUUGUGUCAGAAUUUUGUGUUAGCAUAUUCACCGCGAUCAUGUCAAUUCUUGGAUUUUUUAAAAGAUUUAGUUGAAGAAAUCUGUCGGGUUGUCUCAUUUUUC